CACUUACCUUUGUGAUUCUCAUAAUACAUCCUGAAGCUGAGAUGUUGUAAUGAACUGUCAGCUGUUUUCUGCUUUAACUUUUGUCCCGCUGUCUGUUUUUCUCUGAGGGCUUCUUUUCUUAUGGAUUAUUGAUCGUUAUUUGUUUGUGAGGGCGCUGCGGCGGCUGCAGGAAGAGGAAGAUAAUGUUCACCGCCUUUGUGUGCGGGGCUGUAGUGUUUCCUGGACUUUUCUGCGGGUUCAGGAAGGUGCUCAGAUCUGCUUUCACACAGUGGAGUGACGCCGACGUGGUUUCUGUCAGUGAGAGGUUGGUUUCUGCCAUCCAUGCAUCCUUGGCUACUGCAGCUGGAGUUACAGUUGUGACAUCAUGCCGGGAUGUGAUGACUGACAGUCACUGGCUGGCCAAUGGGUUUGCUUUGUUUGGAGCUUCCUAUAUGGCCAAUGACAUCUACGCCAUGUAUCUGAGCCACUACCACAUACAGAGGGUCAAAGGUCAUGCUGGUUCAUACAGCAGCCACUCUCUGCAGACAGUGAAGGCUUUCCUUAUCAAGGACUGGAUGUUGGUCCUCCAUCACGCAGCGCUGCUUCUCAUUUUCAUGCCCAUCACUCUGUUCUUCAGAAGAGGACUAGGUGAUUUCUUCAUCGGGUGCCUUUUCACCACAGAGUUCAGCACUCCCUUCGUCUCUAUAGGAAAGAUCCUCAUCCAGCUGGGCCUCGAUGACACCAGGCUGCACAGAAUCAAUGGCAUCCUUGUCCUCAUGAGUUUCUUCACGUGUCGGAUCUUGGUCUUCCCCUUCAUGUACUGGAUGUACGGCCGGCAGUUUGGGAUCCCCCUGCACAGAGUGCCCCUCCAUCUGCCUCUGCAGUGCAACGUGGGUAACCUGGUGAUCCUGGCUCCUCAGAUCUACUGGUUUAUCCUCCUGCUGAAGAAAGCUAAGAGACUCUACCUGAGACAGAGGAGAGGGAAGGGAGACGGACACAAAGACAAGCCAAGGACAGACUGAAGAGUCCACCCGUUUCAAAAAUAACCCGGUUAGACACCGAGAACAAAUAUCAAGGAGGGUUACAGCAACUAGUAGAAAUAAAAGACUGAGACUUUGAGAACAAACUUGUAAUAUUAUGAGAAUAAAGUUUUAAUUUUAUGAGAGAAAGUUACUUUUUUGUACGUCUGACUUUUUAUUCCCAAAAAUCUUACGUACUAAUUAAAUAAUAUGACGACUUCUUGAGAUUCUGACUUUUUUCCUUCCUUACAUAACAUUUUUCUCAUAAAAUUUUGACUUUACUCUUGAGAUAUUGCAUAUUUUCUCCUUGAAAUAUUGACUUUUCCAUCAAAUUAUUACAACUUUUUUCUUAAAACAUCAUGACCUUUUUCUCUCUUUAUCUCCUUGAUACAUCACUGUACUGAGUCAGCAGCUGUUUGUUGUGCACUACAUUAUGUAUUUUAUAAUCUGUGAAUUCUGUAAUUAACUGUUGACUUGCAGUGUUCAUGUUUCCUCUCAGGACGUGUUUGUCAGCUGUUACUAUGUUACAAGACUGCCUUAAAUGUUUUGUUAUAGCUUGUAUUUUACAUUGUUUAAGCUUUACUGUUUUGCAGAGAAUAUUUUUGUGUAAAUUAAACAAUGACUUUUAAAUUAAUAAAAUUCUUAUCGUAUUAAUAGUAAUUCUUGAUAUGACAGUGAGUGGGUACGCAGGGUUAAUGUAUACAUGUACCACAGUGCCCCGGGUGUAAAGUGGAAACAUUUGUGAUGAAAUUGCAAAUUUACCCUCAAGG